CGAAACUCCAACAAAGACCCUGCAAACUGUCUCUAUGAAACUGUUAGCGGGGUCCACCCUGGGGCAAACCUCAAAGACAAACAAGAAGACCUCACCUAGCUGCAAUGAGAAAAGUGCAGAAAGGAAGCAGGUCAGUGUGAAGCUGACCUCAAACCUCCCUGGUACAAAUUUACAAAAAUUUUAUCCAUUGAGGAUCACUUCAAUGAUGGUGGAAAGGAACAAGAUAAUUCUGUAUGGGCAAGAAAAGAAGACAGCAGCAAGGAAGGAGACAGCCUCAAAUAGGCUUAAUAUGAAAACAGCUAAAGUCAGUGAGAGUCCAACCUCAAAACUUCCAGGGAUGAAAUUCAUAAGGGUCAAAGAGGCCCAUGUGAGGACAAAUUUACAAAACUCAGUGGGGACCAGGAAGAAGAUGACCAUGCCUAGUCAAGAAAGGAAGGCUGCAGAAAGGAAGGAGGAAAGGAAGGAAAUGACCCUAUUCAACCUGGAGAACGAAAUGGUAAAGCUCAAUAAGGAACUGAAGGAGCUGACCUUUUCUUCCUACAUGAAAUUCAUCAAAGGUGUGCCAGAUCCAUAUGCAUUCAGUUCCAAUGAGAUGAUGCCUGAGGGAAGCACAAAUUGUCCAACUCCAACUGCCUCUGGGGGAACCAUAAAGAGACCGACUCCAACUGCCUGUUGUGGACCCAUAAAGAGUCUGACUCCAACUGCCUCUGGGGGAACCAUAAAGAGACCGACUCCAACUGCCUCUUGCGGACCCAUAAAGAGUCCGACUCCAACUACCUCUGGGGGCACUAUAAAGAGUCCGACUCCAACUGCCUCUUGGGGAACCAUAAAGAGUCAGACUCCAACUGCCUCUUGGGGAACCGUAAAGAGUCAGACUCCAACUGCCUCUUGGGGAACCGUAAAGAGUCAGACUCCAACUGCCUCUUGGGGAACCGUAAAGAGUCGGACUCCAACUGCCUCUGGGAGGACUGUAAAGAGUUUGACUCCAACUGCCUCUUGCGGAACCGUAAAGAGACUGACUCCAACUGCCUAUGGGAGGACCGUAAAGGGUCCGACUCCAACUGCCUCUUGGGGAACUGUAAAGAGUCCGACUCCAACUGCCUCUGGGAGGACCGUAAAUAGUCCGAUUCCAACUGCCUCUUGGGGCACCGUAAAGAGUCAGACUCCAAAUGCCUCUUGGAGGACCAUAAAGGGUCAGACUCCAAUUCUAUCUGAGGGAAACAUACAGAGUCAGAGUCCAACUCCAUCUGAUGGAAUCAUAAACAUCAUGACUCCAAUUUGUACUCUGUUCCCUGACACAGACUCAGAACUACUACCUGGAGGGUUGCCUAAUUAUGGAAACAGCUGCUACGUUAACGCAAGUCUGCAGUGUCUGUUCACUGCCGAGAGUUUCUGCAGAGAGCUCUCCGACCUGUUGGACAAUUCUACACACACACUAAAAGACACAUUCCUCAGGUGUUUUGUGGAGUUGUCGAGGUUGAGAAAGGGCUCUGAAGUUGAAGGUGACAGCAGCAAGGAUUUGCUCCUCCUGGCACUGAUUGAAUCAGCUGCAGUUCACAAACCAGAAUUCACCAUCGACAACCAGAAUGACGCCCAUGAAUUCCUCUGCUACUGUCUGACCCAAAUGGAGGAGUCUGGGCGAAAGCUGGGUUGGCAAGAGGAUGUGAACCCUAGAUGUCCAGUCACAUCCAAUUUCAAGUUCAAGAUGAGGAACAUCAUAACAUGCUCCAGCUGUGGAUCCCAACAGAACAACAAAGUGGAAGUGUUUAAUCAUGUCCCUAUGCCCCUGAAGCACGACUCGGUGGACCAGUGCCUCUCUGACGUAGUUAAUAAGCUGACAUUGUUGGAGAGCAAGUGCGAGGUGUGUGGAGGAGAAUCUGCCAUCUCCAGGUGGAAGUUCCACACUCUGCCCAGGUUUCUGAUUCUGCAGCUGAACAGGUUCAAGAUGACGGAAUAUCACACAGUCGAGAAGCUGGAGAUGCCAGUGGACAUCACACCUGAGCUGCAGAUAAAGUGCUUUCCGCAUUCAGACACGCCCGGAAUAGAGAACAGUAGAGCUGAGGCCAGAGAGACAGACAGAAAUGAGCUGGUGAGAGAGAGACAGACAGACACAAUGAAAGAUGAAGGUGGAUCAACCUCUACGUAUCGACUGAUCAGUGUCCUGAGCCACAUUGGAAGUACAGCAUGCUAUGGGCAUUAUGUGAGUGAGUGUUCCAGUGGAACACCUACAACAUGGAAGACCUACGACGACAAGCUGGUCACGCUGACCAGCGAGACGGACAUGUUAGAGAGGAGGUUGACUAGUGCCUAUGUGCUCCUCUAUGAGAGAGUGAGCACUGGCUGAAGCCCUUCCUCUUCUCCAGAAAGCUGCAAGAAGAUGGAGUUGUGGUGAGAGGUGUCCAGGCAAGUGAGAGCAGGGUGGCAUAGGGGCACACAAGGUGUCUGUCACAGCCAGACUAUCUGCACCUGUGGGUUCGGCCCCUUGGACCGGUGAGCAGCUUGAUAACUGCAAAGUAGCAGUCCAGGAAGUGAUCAUGAACUCUAGAGCCCAGAGUUUGCAGGCCUGUGCUGAAAAUGUAUGUGGCAGCCAUGUUGGCCUGACUGCAGCACAGAGGAUAACAUCUAGUUGGGAGCAUAUAGGUUCAUAAAAGUGUUGUGAGCUAAGGAGCUAAGCACCUCCAUUUUCCUAACUCCUCCAAGUGCCAGCGUGUGAUUUUGCCAUUUUGUUGCAGGUUACAGGAUGCUGAUCUGAAAUUCGAUUGUGUAGACUACUUUUUGCUUGCCAUCACCUGAGCAAAAAAAGGUGGAAAAACUGCAUGCCUUGGUGAGUUCACUCGGCAUGCUGUUUUGGCCAGAUGAUUAUGGAGUGAUCUUGUGGCUGAACCCUGGGUUCCUGCCUAAGGUUGUUUCUUAGACACUGUACUGUAGAAUUGUACCUCAACACUUCUGCUGUAAUCAUAAACACCAUGAGGUUCAUAAAGAGACUUUUUUCAACGCCCUCAAUACUGUCCCUGUAUAGUACACUAUUUAGGAAGAGUAUUGAUUUAUAAUCUCACUAUCAUGUGUCACCCAGAAGAGGAUGGGUUCCCUUUUGAGCCUGGUUCCUCUCAAGGUUUCUUCCUCGUCAUCUCAGGGAGUUAUGCCACUGUCGCCUCUGGCUUGCUCUGUAGGGAUUUAAAUAUAUCCGGAGUUAAUUAUGAGUCUUUAUAGAUCACAUAUCCAUUACAGCACAGUGAAAUUCUUCGCAUACCCCAGCAUGUCAGGAAGUUGGGUUCAGAGCGCAGGAUCAGCCAUGAUACAGCAUCCUUGGAGCAGAGAGGGUCUUGUUCAAGGGCCCAACAGUGGCAGCUUGGCACUGCUGGGGCUUGAACUCCCAACCUUCCGAUCAGUAACUCGGAGCCUUAACCGACAAGCUGUUGCCCAAUUCUGGCAAGCUGCGCCACUGUCACUUUACAGUGAUACCA